AGAAGAAGAAGAAGAAGGAGGAGAAGGAGAAGGAGGUGUCAGUUAGGAGAAGAGGAGAUCUGUCGCUACUGGGAUUAUUAAUGUCGCCGUUUAAUAACAAUAUUAAUCAGUUAGAUUACAAAAAGGAGGAAAAAUAUGAACUAAUUCGCGUCAUAUUGAUCCGUUUAUCUGACUAAUAAACGGUGAAUCAACGGUUUCUACCUGUUCAGUGAUUUAAGCCUCUGAGUGUGUUGCCUUCAUGGCCCCGGCCCUCACCAAGAUCCUGAAAGAUGUCCACGGGGCCCACCUGUCCUCUCCUCCCGUCAGAGUGGACGUAGACCUGAGGACCCUGCAGAGUCCUGAUCUGGAGUCUCACAUGAGGCUGACGGACGACGGGGACCUCCAGAAGAUGUGGCUCAACCUCUCCCUCUUCCCGUCCCUGGACUCUGGGGUCCCUCUGAGCCCCCUGGACGUCCCCGCAAACCCCGUGGUCUCCCCUCUCCCCCAGACGUCGGCCCUCCUCGGCCUCCUCUCCUUUAAUAAAGCCCGGAGACAUUCCCAGCAGGUGGCCUGUGUGUUCCCAGGUGUACCAGACAUGUUUUUCAUCCCCGUCCCCGAGCACAAGAGCCAAGAGGCCUCAGAGCUGCACAGACGCAGAGCUGCUGCUGCUGAAUGUGGCCCAGGUGGUGGUGAUGUGUUCCUCCACCAGGAUUUACUCUCUCAGAGCUGCUCCCCACCUCCUCUGAUACAAGGGGGAGCAGCAGCAGGGAUCUGUCCUCCUCCUUUAGUCAGAGGGAAGGUGGACUCUGUGCUGGAUCAGGUCUCCAGGCAGGCGGAGCUGCAGAUCCGGGGCCAGAGGCUGCAGAGGAGGCUGCAGGUCCUGCUGGGGGAGCAUGCUCUGCUGCACUGCAGCCAGCAGCUGGAGGGGCUGCAGAGACACUGGGGACAGCUGGGGGACGUGUCCCUGGACAGCCUGGACUCUGUAGGUUCUGUUAGACUGGCUCCGCUAGCGGGGAGUAGAGACGGAGGGUCCUGGGUGGAGCGGUCCGACGCCUCGUCCUCCGUCUCAGAGAUCAGAGAGUUCAGCCGCUGCAGCCGGGCCCUGCUCAGAGACCUGCAGGAGGUUCUGGACUCGGAGGCCACGGCCAGCAGCAGCUCAGAGGAGGAGCAGGAGGAGGUCCAGGUCCACCGCAGGACCAAGACGUCACAAGGCUGUGAGAGGAGGUGGCUGGAGGAGCGGGCGGAGCUGGGCAGCAGGUGGAGCUGGCUGCAGCUGCGUCUGUCAGAGCUGGAGGGGAAGAUCCAACAACUGGUGGAGCUGCACACACACAUCCGCUCCACCAAGGGUGGUGUGGUGCUAGCAGACUCCCAGCCUCUGACAGACAGACAGAUCCAGCAGAGCCUGCUGAGGGAGAUGGCAGGUCUGUCCUGUACAGCGUCUGAUGCUGACAGUGAACCUUACAGCCCGACUCGCCUCCUGCACAACAUAGAGAGACAGAGUGCUCAGCUCAGCCAGAUAGUCAACAGUCUGAUGACUCCUCUCAGCUUCUCACCGCUGUCUAAACCACACAACAGCUGGAAGGGCAAGAGAGCCUUCACAAGCGGUCAGAAAGGAGACGAUGUUUUUGGUCCCGGCAGCUCUAAGAGGAGGAGACCGGGGACCAGGAGGCUCUUCAAAGCUGAUGUGUCAUGUGUUUGUGCGAGGACCCGACCCCUGGUCACCUACCACAAGCCCACACUGUUCACUAUCAACACACACAACCCCAGCAGACCAGAGGGGAAGUCCUCGUCUACCGUCUCCUCUUCUCUCUCCUCAUCUUCCUGUUCAUGUGGUUCAUCUUAUGAUCCUGUGGUCCUGUGCUCUGAUCAGGACUGCAGCUUCAGGAGGACCCGGUCCAGCUCCACACCUCACCCUGCGUCCUCUCUUUCAUUUGACACUCGUCUGUCUCACCACAUAAAGAGGCUCCUGGCCCGAGAACAAUGGUCCCAAAGGCCUCUGGUUGUUAACGUCCAGCCAGCCAGUCAACAACACUACAACACACACAGCUCCACACCACUACACAACAGUCAGAAAUACAAGCGGCAUGCCAGACAUGAUAAGAGCAGAGUUCUGGGUCUGUCCCCCAUCAGGGUGGUGGGUUCUGCUCAGACUCAACACAGAAGAACCAGCCAGAGGAAACGGAAGAGAAGACGCGUCCACCGGCUGAUAGAAGAAGAGGAAGAUGUCCUGUCCCAGCUCUGUGAUCCAGACACGUCAGAUGAAGUGUUAGAGGAGAGCUGCACACAGGCUUCACACAAGCAAAGCUCACAGGGUUUUGUCCGUAAGCGCCAGGGAGAGAGUGUGUUCAACAUUAACAACAUUGUGAUCCCCGUGUCUCUGACUAAAGUGGAGAAGCUGCAGUACAAAGACAUCCUGACUCCCAGUUGGCGUGUUGUUGAUGUCUCUGAGAUGACCAGGAGGACAGAGGAGGAGGAGGACGAGGAGGGACAGGUGGAGGACCUCACUAACCAGGUCUUCUCCCAGAGACACGAGGACUUGGAGCGGAGAGAGAGAUUGCGUUGGCCGUCGUGGGGGAAGAGAAAAGACUGCAGGCAGCAGAAAAGAUCCUGUGUCAGCAGGUUGUCAGCCAGCGGAGGAGGCGUGAACUCCUCAGGAGAGGAGAGCUCCGUGGAGUCUCAGCUGGAUGAGGAGCAGCAGAGCUCCGAGGAUCUCUGGCUGCCUCAGACGCCCUGGGAGCCUCGAGCGUUUCCUCUGAGUGAGGAUGAGGAGGAGGCUCUGCUCUGUGAUGACCCAGAAGGAGUCCCAUCAGGCUGGUCAGAGUGUAGCUCCGCCUCCUCCACAGCAAAGAACUACAACUCCCACCUCCUCCCCGCUCCGUCCUCUGGUGCUGCAGCGCCCCCUGGUGGACAGAGUCACAGCAGCACACACAGCAGCUGAGCCUUAAAGUGACAAUCUCCUCUCAUCUGGGACAAUAAGGAGAAAAUGUGCCAUGGGAACCUUAAAAAGAAUAUUUACUACAUUCCAAAACAGUGAUUUUAUUGUUAUUUUCUUAAUAUUUUAAAGCAAUUGUAUAUUGUUGUUUGUAAGUUUUGUAGCGUGUCACAAUAGUUUAAAUUGACUACUGUAGCUUCUGCUACACUUUCAGGUUUUAAUAUAUAAGAAGUACUGUAUGUAAAGAAAUAUGUACCAGCACAACCCACUGUAGGCUCCUCAGGUCUGUUUUCUGUCUCUAGUUACUAUUUAUUUCCACAGUUGUCUUUAAAAAAGUCUGUAUGAAAGACUUCAGUACAUACAUAGAUAUAUUUAUAUAACUUUUACUUGAUUUACAUGUGCUUUUUCAUUUUUUUCCACGUCUGUUGAUGCUGUCAUUUUGGUAUAUAUUGUUUUUCAAUGAAAGUUAUUAGUAAACAUUAACAUUAUUAAAGAU